AUGGUGAAGUACGGCCUCGACUACACGCGGUGCAGAUGGAUCCUACCCCUGCUCCUGGGCAUAGGCGUCAUCUUCGGUAUCAUUGCGCUGGCGGGCAGGGGCUGGCUGGAGUCGCAGACCUUGCCCUACGUGCACCGAGCGUCGUUAUGGGAGAGCUGCCGGAGGAACGAGCAGAGUUGGGAAUGGACCUGCGAGUCCCUCAUGGGUUACGCUUGGGGAAGAGCUGCUGCUGCCACAUACCUGGUCGGCUUUAUACUUCUAGUCAUCUGUUUUGCUCUGGCCAUCAUAGCAUUUGCCAUUGACACACUUCGGUUCAACUUCAUACGUGGGAUUGGAGGCUUGCUUUUUGUUGCUGCUGUGUUCUCCAUCAUGGGCCUGGUCAUUUAUCCAGUAAAGUUCUCGACUGAAAUUGAUAUGACGGGAAUCAAUAUGUUCAGCUGGGCCUACGGCUUUGGCUGGACCACCGCCAUUAUGGAAAUAUGCUUGGGAUUCUUCUUCUGCUGCCUUCCUAAUUAUGAAGAUCAGAUCUUGGGUAAUGUGAAGCCCACAUAUUUUUACUCUUCCCCGUAA